AUGGCGGCUGUGACAGCACCCACCCCCAAGCUGGAUCGCUACAUUGUGAUCCACGUUGCAACCACCUGUGACGAACAUGGCGUAUAUGUCACCAAGGAUUCUGCCGAGGUCAUUGAAUUGGGAUGGAUUCUGUUGGACUCCAAGACCUGCGAAGAGGUACACACACACAAGCCCGCCCCAACCCAUUCCAUUGACGCCCAGCGCGCCCACUUACCCCCUCCUCCCCCGAAUCACCCCGAAAAUUUUUAUUUGCACCGUGAGAGCGUCCUCGUCAAGCCAGUCAACACUCCUAUAACACCGCUGUGCACGAGCUUGACAACUCUUACCUGGGAACACGUUCGCUCAGCAGGUACCUUCCGGGAUGCCAUCUCCCGAUUCGAUGCUUUUGCCACGGAACACCUCACCAGCAAACAACUCGAGUUUGCCUUCGUGACCUUGGAUUCGUGGGAUCUGCGCGUGCAGCUGCCCCGCGAGGCCCGUGACAAGGCUGUCGUGUUGCCCGCAUACCUCCAGCACUCUCGUACCUUCGAUCUGCGCACCGAAUAUCAGCGCUGGCAAACCCACCACCCUGAGUCAUUGCCAUUUGGCCCCAGCUCCCUCUCCAACAUCUGCGCUGCUCUCGAGGUCGAACCCGUUCAGUCCUCCGCCCCUAUUAAGCACAACCUUCCCUUCCAUCUGCAAGCGUUGGCUCCCGCUUCGCCCCGUCGUGCUAUGGAGGAGUCAAUCACUCUGGCACGUGUUCUGCGAGGCCUGAUCCGCAAGUCUCAGCCUCCCCACGAACACCCCGAAAUUCUUACCCGUCCGAUGGAUGCCCACGCCGAUGUCCGGGCCUUCCUUGCAGAGCGGAGCAAGGUUCUCCACCUGAGUGGUCUGCCUCACGAUACCACUCAAUCGGAAUUGGAGAGCUGGUUUACUCAGUUUGGCGGUCGACCCAUCGCUUUCUGGACUCUACGAACUCCCGAUCAACACAAGCCCACAGGCACUGGAUUCGCCGUUUUUUCGUCUCACGAGGAGGCUGCGGAAAGCCUGUGCAUGAACGGCCGAGCCCUCAACGAGAAGGCUAUUGAGGUUUCUCCAUCUUCGAGCAGGGUUCUGGACCGGGCCGCCGACAUUCUCACACCGUUCCCCCCUUCGAAGAACCGCCCUCGUCCCGGUGACUGGACUUGCCCCUCAUGCGGCUUCUCCAACUUCCAGCGUCGGACUGCUUGCUUCCGUUGCUCGUUCCCUGCUAUGGCUGCUGCACCCGACCCUAUGGGAUACGGCUACGGCUACGGGCCUCCAUCGAUGAUGCCCGCUCACAUGGGUGGACACGGUCACGGUGGUAUGGGUCACUCGCGUGGCAUGGGUGGUAACGGUGGAGUGGUUCCCUUCCGUGCUGGUGAUUGGAAGUGUGGAUCAGAGGGUUGCGGCUACCACAACUUCGCGAAGAACAUCAACUGUCUUCGCUGCGGUGCACCUCGCUCUGGUGCUGCCGUUGUGGCUGACUCCGCAUUCCCCUCGCCUAUGGAUCCCCCUUCACAAUUCUCCGCACCCCUGCUCCGGGUCCAUUUGCCUCGACCGCUGGUGGGUUUGGUGGAUUUGGUCAGCAGUUUGGUGGACCCCCCUAACAACUAUGCUCUCCCCCCUGGUGGCCUGGGUAACGCCCAAGCUGCCUACCCACCAAUGGGUCAGGUGAACCAAGGCUACGGUUCAUCCAACACCUCCCACUCCGCUGCCUCUUUCGCCAACCCAGCGACUCAGGCCGCUUUCACAGGAGCUGACCACGGUGUUCCAUCCACCAGCGCCUCCAACGGAGCUUUCUACGGCUCUGAUGGCUCCAGCGACCCUUUUGCUUUCCUGUCCAGCGGGAUUGGUGGGUUGACCGUUUCUGAGGAUGUCCACCCUCGCCGAAACGGCGCUGGUGCUAACAAGUCUCCUGCUUAA